UAAGAAUGCGUCUGUCUAUCCCUCUUUUGACCCUCUUCUUGGGUAGCUCUUGUGCGUUCACAGUAGGACCUGCUUCCAUUGCUCGGCAUGUGGCGGCCCCUACCGGUACUAGCCGCACUGUUUCUUUAAAGGCGGAAGAGAAGAACGAACAAGAAGCAGAAUCUGCCAUUAAUGCCGAAUUCGAUGCGUUAUCCGCCGAACAAAAGGAGGAGGCGGUGGGAAACCUGGUGGCCGAUGACGAAUGGCAAGGGUUGUCCAUGGAACUGUCCGAAUUGGUCCGUGUAUCUAUUGUGGAAGACAUGAAAAAGAAUACCCGUGACUUUCUCGGCAAGGACGAAUACAAAAUGGGAGACAUUAGCAAGGAAAUUGACACCCGUGUCAAGGAUGAAGUGGCCAAGUUUCGAGGAAAGGAUGAAUACGAGCUUGGUGAUUUUGUCUUGGCCAUGGAUGAAGUGAGCAAAUCAAUGACGGAAGAACUCACAGGAAAAGAUUACGAACCCGGUGAUUUGUCCAUUGAACUGGACCGUCGUGUCAAGGAAGCAGUGACAGAGUUUGCCGGAAAGGAACCAGGAACCUAUGAAUUUGGUGAUUUGAGCGCCGAAAUGGACCGACGAAUCAAAGAACGUGUGGCAGAUUUUACGGGCAAACCAUAUGAAUUUGGGGACGUUUCGAGAGAGGUUGAGACGAGACGACAGGAAUGGGUCAAACAGCAUUUGGGUGAAGAAGCAGCUGAGAACUACGUUUUCGGUGACAUAACCAAAAAGGCGGUGUCCAAUUUUACCGGCAAGGACGAUUAUCAGUUUGGUGAUAUUAGUAAGAAGCUUUUCGGAGACAUGUUCGGCAAACGAAAAAAGGGAGGAAGUAGCUAA